CUUUGUGAACAGAAGAGACUUCAUCAGGAUGCUUUAUCUUCUACAACCAUGGACAUCCAUGACAGAUUAGUGGCUGUUGGAUUGAGAUUAAAUUCAAAUUAGGUGUGGGAUGUUCUGAUGCCCCGCCCACUGCAGGCCACACCCACAAGUCUACACUGAGCCACACCCACUGCCGCCCUCUUGCCCCACCCCCAGCAGCCCCCUGUAUAAACCAUCUGACCUCGCUGACACACUGAUGAUUGACACACUCGCACUGCUCUGAUCUGAGAUGUGUGUUUGCUGCUGCUGAAGGUCUGUUGUGUGUUUGAGAGAGUGAUUGAUGGCUGAUGUGGACGCAGGAUGCGCAGGAGCAGCGCUUACAUCCCCGUGUCCACUGCUGCCGCUCUACUGGUCACUUCAUCCACACUCUUCUUCGUCUUCACGUGUCCGUGGCUCGCCGUGAACGUGUCUCCUGUUUUCCCGCCAUGCGUCGGCAUCGUCUUCCUCUUCGUUAUGGCGAACUUCAUCAUGGCGACGUUCAUGGAUGCCGGCGUGUUCCCGAGAGCUAAUGAGGACGAGGACAAGGACGAGGACUUCCGCGCGCCGCUCUAUAAGAACGUGGAGGUGCGCGGCGUGCAGGUGCGCAUGAAGUGGUGCGCUUCCUGUCACUUCUAUCGUCCGCCGCGCUGCUCGCACUGUAGCGUGUGUGAUCACUGCGUGGAGGACUUUGAUCAUCACUGUCCCUGGGUGAACAACUGCAUCGGGAGACGCAACUAUCGCUUCUUCUUCCUCUUCCUGCUGUCUCUGACUCUUCACAUGGUGGGCGUGUUCUCCGGUGGUCUCCUGUAUGUUCUGGAUCAUCCGGAGAACCUGUGGGAACUGCACAACGCCGUCACGCUGGUGGUCAUGAGUGUCUCGGCUCUCUUCUUCAUCCCCGUCUUGGGUCUGUCCUGUUUUCAUCUGGUGCUGGUGGCGAGGGGACGCACCACAAACGAACAGGUGACAGGGAAGUUCCAGGGAGGAGUGAAUCCGUUCACGCGCGGCUGCUGUCAGAACGUGCAGUUUGUGCUCUUCAGUCCCAUCACGCCCAGGUACACAGAGAAACUCAGUGAGAGACUGCCGCUUCACAUUCAGCCUCCUUUCCAUCAGCCAGAAUCCCACAAACUGAGCCAAACACUCCCGAUCAAGUCUCUAGAGGAAGUAGACGCUCCAGACAGUAAAAGUCUGACCUGUCCACCUCCGCUGCCUCCCAAACCAGACCCAGUCCUGCUCAAAAACCAUUUGGCAGCGUUGGAAGAGAGUUUGCUCCAGUCCAGAGCUCUAAUGCUUUCAGGACACAGUAUGAAUCCACUCCAGACCUCAGAGUCGCCCACCAAAGUGCUCUACCAAGUUCCCAGAGAUCAGAUGGUGUCGAGGAUCUCUCCGUUGGUUCCUCAGGAACACGCGUCUGAACCCAGUCUGCUGCAGCCCGAGAACCACGCAAUCGCUCUGACUCUGAACUCACGCUCGCUGAGUCUCAAGCACUCCAGCCGCCGCGGAUCCCAGCGUGCCGAAAUCCCACACGCGAGCCAAAGCGUCCUCAGCGGCCGGACGGGGAGCCUGUCCUAUGACAGCCUUCUGCAUCCCGCGGGCGUCCAGGCGGCGUUCCUACCCAUGGAUCCGGGUCUGUCCCACGGCUGCGUUGAUGUGCAGCGGCUUCCGCCACGCAACUGCAGCCCAGUGUUCAUGCACAUCAACCGCGAGCCGUCGCCCGUCCGCUACGACAGCCUUCCCAAACCACUCAUGAGCUCCAUCCAGGAGCGCCGUGAGCCCGACGACAAGGACAAACCCCUGCAGGACAGCGGCAUCUACGACACUCCCAGCAGACGCAGCCUGCCGCAGGAUUUACGCGGGCUGUCGUCGUCUCGCGGCCCGACUCCUCCGGCGUACGGCUCGAGGGAGUUCCUCCUGAGCAGCGCAGCAUAUGGAUACGGGAGCCGCUCGCAUCUGUCCUCCUCCUCGUCUUCCUCACUCACCCGUGCUCCUCGGACCACCGGCUCGCCGCUGCACUUUAACCGCUCUCUAUCGCCCUCUAUCUAUCAGUCUCUGGACCGACAGUCACAGCUCCCUCCGUCCACGCUCCCUGCUCCGCUCCCCACCUCCUCCUACGGGCCUCAGAAAGCACUGGCUUACACCCGAGGAGGAGAAAGACCCGAACCGGAACUAUGAGUCCUGAUGAGAGCGUCUGUUUAGAGAAGUCACGGAAAACCUGGAAAUAUCAGGAAUUUUAAAGGGAUUCUUCACCUAAAAGUGAAAAUUAUUUUGAAGAAUGUGUCAGUUUUUGGUCCCCAUGGACUUCCAUAGUAUGGGGAAAAAAUACUGUGGACGUCAGUGGCUCCUGGUGACUAUUCGGUUACUAGCAUUCUUCAUAUUAUCUUAUUUUGUGUUUAACAGCUGAAAGAUGAUUGGAACAACAUGAUGAUGACCGUUUUCAUUUUUGGGUGAACUAUGGCUUUAAGAGUGAGCAUCUAAAUUGGAAUUGGUCUAUGUCUUGGUCCUGUAGAGGUUUAUUACAGUCAACUAAAGCCAUCAAGAACAUUUUUGUUACUUUAAAUAAAUUAUAUUACUUAUUUAAUUUCAGCUAGUUGCCAAGGCAACAUUUCUCAUUUUUUUAUUUAGUUUAUAAAUAACU